UUCUUCAUAUUAUUUAGGUGUCUUUUCGUGAAACGCAAGUGAAUUGUGGGAGUAAUAUUUCUGUAAUAAAUACCACAGAUACCCCAAUAGUAGCUUUUAACGCUGCAGACCAAUGCAAGAAAUAUGCAACUGUUAUUAUGGUUGAUUUGGAUUCAUUUGUUAUUGGACCAUUUCUUCACUGGGCGGUGCACAAUAUACCGGUUAAUGUUUUAGCACGCGGUUACCAUGGAGACGAUAAAGGUUACAUGGAGUUCCCAUGGAAGCAAUUUUUGCCUCUAAGUCCAACUGGUACUCAUCGAUACACAUUCUUUACAUUUUGCCAAGAUAAUGAAGUUCCAGUGCAAGAACCUCCAAGAAAUCUUAUUUCGAAUUUCUUUGCUAGAAUAUUUUUCGACAUCGAGGAAUUCCAGAAGUCGCACAGCUUGGGAGACCCCGUAGCAUGCAAUUUUUUUAAACAAACGCUAGUUGGAAAUAUAGGUCUAUUUUCAUUGUUUUAAAACUGAUUGACAAAAAAAACUUUGCAUAUGAACUGUAACAUUGCUUUUCAUAAAAUAUUUCU